AUGAAGAUCUCUCAAUCCCUACUGCCCAUCCUCCCAAUUGUCUCUGCCCUCAAUGUGGGCGACUAUGGGCAUCCUAUCGAAGAUCUCGACAAAGACCUUCCAUUCUCCCAGCCUGUCACAUUCGCCCAUCUCGAAUGGCAACGCUGUCUAGCAGCAGACCACUCAAACCCCCUCGACAUCGCAAUCCUAGGCUUCCCCUACGAUACAUCCACAUCCUACCGCCCCGGUGCCCGCUUCGGACCUCGAGGAAUCCGCGCCGGCUCCUCUCGCGAAAAGAAAGGUCGAAGCUACAACCCAGUAUGGGGUAUCGAUCCCUUCGAAGAAGGCCUGUCCAUCAUAGACUGCGGUGACGUCCCCAUAACACCCUUCGACGCGGCUCACGCGUUCAAGCAGAUGGAGCAAGGAUAUAGACAAGUCCUCUACCACCCUACAAGCGAUACAAACAGUGGGUGGGAACAUCCCCGAAUCAUCAGUCUGGGCGGGGACCAUUCCAUUGUGUUACCCAUUCUGCGAUCAUUGAAGAGUGUUUACGGACCUAUUUCUGUUAUUCAUCUGGAUUCGCAUCUGGAUACUUGGGAUCCGUAUGAGGGGUAUACAGGUAUUGCGUCGGAGCAAAGUGCUAUUACACAUGGGACGUUCUUUUGGCAUGCUAGUCGAGAGGGGUGUAUCAACAAAGGUGCUAGUGUGCAUGGUGGAUUGAGGACGAAGUUGUUUGGUGUGAGAGACUAUGAGAUUGAUGAUAAUGUUGGAUUCCAUCGGAUUGAGGCGCGGGAGAUCGAUGAGAUCGGUGUUGCGGGGAUUGUGAAGAGAACGUUGGAUGUUGUGGGUGAUAACCCGGUUUAUCUUUCAAUUGAUAUUGAUGUUUUGGAUCCGAGUAUUGCGCCAGCUACUGGCACGCCCGAAUCUGGUGGCUGGACCACUCGUGAGCUUAAGCGGUAUAUCAGUGGCUUGGAGGGACUGAACCUGGUCGGAGCGGAUGUUGUUGAGGUUAGUCCGCCUUAUGAUUCGACUGCUGAGACGACAUCUGUUGCGGCUGCGGAUUUGAUUAUCGAUAUCUUGGCGGCUAUGGUGAAGAAGACGGCUCCAACUUUCAGCAGGAGUGAAGAGAGUGGGAAGGAUGAGCUAUGA